AUGUCAGAUGGUGGCUUUCAUGAGGCCCAGAUCAAUAACAUGGAGAUGGCACCAGGUGGUGUUAUUACUUCUGACAUGAUUGAGAUAUUUUCUAAUAGCCCAGAGCAACAACUUUCUGCAACACAGAAAUUCAGAAAACUGCUUUCAAAAGAACCUAACCCUUCUGUUGAUGAAGUUAUCAGCACACUAGGAGUUGUGGCCAGGUUUGUGGAAUUCCUCAAACGAAAAGAGAAUUUUCACGUACCGCCUUGUAUACCAGAACAUCCUAAAAUGCCUUGUCCCGGAGAAGAGAAAUCCAUCCACCACAGAGCUGCAGGCCACUGGAGAAAGCUGUAUUGUGCUAAUGGCCACACUUUUCAAGCCAAACGCUUCAGCAGGCAGACUCACUGUUUUGUCUGCCCAGACCGUGUAGGGGGACUUGGCCGCCAGGUAUAUAAGGGCACCAAAUGUAAACUCUCGGUUCACAAGAAGUGCCACACAGUCAUCACAGUUGAAUGUGGGCAGCAUUCUUUACCAUCAGACACCCUGAUGCCAGUUGAUCCAUCAUCCAUGGCUUCAGACCCUGCACAGACAGCAACCCCACAGAACCUUGCAACUCAUGAGGCUUUAGAAGAAGGUGAUGAAGAGAAUGAGGCAGGGAACAACAGGGAAAGUGGCAAAGCUUCACCUAGUUUAGGUCUUCAGGACUUUGAUUUGCUUCGUGUGAUAGGCAGAGGGAGUUAUGGGAAAGUACUGUUAGUCCAACUGAAAAAAUCAGGUCAUGUGUAUGCAAUGAAAGCAGUGAAAAAAGAGUUUGUCAACACUGAUUGGGUACAGACAGAAAAGCACAUUUUACAGCAGACCACUAAUCAUCCUUUUCUUGUAAGACUGCAUUCUUUCUUCCAGACAGAAAGCAGACUGUUCUUUGUUCUAGACUAUGUACAUGGUGGAGAUCUGAUGUUUCAUCUGCAGCACCAAAGAAUCCUUCCUGAAGAACAUGCCAGGUUUUACUCUGCAGAAAUCAGUUUAGCCUUCAACUAUCUUCAUCAAGGGAUACUGUAUAGAAAUUUGAAAUUGGACAAUAUUCUACAGGACUCAGAAGGGCACAUUAGACUCACCGACUAUUGCAUAUGUAAGGAAGGCUUACAGCCCGGAGAUGUGACCAGCACUUUCUGUGGCACUCCUAAUUACCUGGCUCCAGAAAUUGUAAGGGGGGAAGAUUAUGGUUUCAGUGUGGACUGGUGGACUCUUGGAGUACUGAUGUAUGAGAUGUUGAUUGGAGAGUCUCCUUUUCAUCUUGAUGAGAGCUCUGAUAAGCCUGACCAAAACUCAAACAAUGAUCUCUAUCAAGUCGUUUUGGAAAGAGAAAUUCGCAUACCUCGGUGUCUCUCUGUAGAAGCUGCAAGUGUCCUGAAGAGUUUUCUGAGCAAGGACCCAAAGGAACGAUUGGGUUGCCAUCCUCAGAGGGGCUUUGCUGAUGUUCAGGAGCACCCAUUCUUUCAAAAUGUUGGCUGGGAUAUGAUGGAGCGAAACCAAGUAGUGCCUCCCUUCAAACCAAAUAUGUCUGAGGGAUUCGGGUUGGACAACUUUGAUUCUCAGUUUACUGAGGAACCUGUCCAGCUCACUCCAGAUGAUAAUGACAUUGUGAGCAAAAUGGAAGGAUACGAAUUUGCAGGUUUUGAGUAUAUCAAU